AUGGCUUCCCUUCUCAUCACACCCCCCACUGCUACUCUGCAACUCAAGGAAGAUCGCAUGAGGGUCAGCCCUGCAAUUACGAACCCAUCAUCCAAAAUUGACCAGACUGGUCUGAGAAAUUCUAGACGUCAUGGGCGGUGUUUUGUGACAAAAUCGAAGAUGACCGUUGAAGGAGAUGUGCUUGAGAAACAAUCAGUCAGUGUUCAGGACAAAAAUGAUUUUGGAGUUGUUAGUGUCCACCAUGUUGGAUUACUGUGUGAAAACCUGGAAAGGUCGCUCAGCUUUUAUCAGAAUCUUCUUGGUCUUGAGAUAAAUGAGGCUAGGCCUCAUGACAAGCUUCCCUAUAGAGGUGCUUGGUUAUGGGUUGGUUCUGAGAUGAUUCAUCUUAUGGAGCUUCCCAAUCCUGAUCCCUUAACUGGAAGACCUGAGCAUGGAGGCCGCGAUCGUCAUACUUGUAUUGCAAUCCGAGAUGUGGCUAAGCUGAAAGCAAUCCUUGACAAAGCUGGUAUUCCCUACACGCUUAGCAAGUCUGGGAGGCCAGCUAUUUUUACACGAGACCCGGAUGCAAACGCUCUGGAAUUUACACAAGUUGAUAGCUGA